AUGAGGAAAUUCAACAUCAGGAAGGUGCUGGACGGCCUGACCGCCGGCUCGUCCUCCGCCUCGCAGCAGCAACAGCCGCCGGGGACGCGGGAGCCGGAGAUCCAGGAAACGCUCCAGUCCGAGCACUUUCAGCUCUGCAAGACUGUUCGCCAUGGAUUUCCCUAUCAGCCCUCAGCCCUGGCCUUUGAUCCUGUACAGAAGAUCCUGGCAGUGGGAACUCAGACUGGUGCUUUAAGGCUAUUCGGUCGUCCUGGAGUGGAAUGUUAUUGCCAGCAUGACAGUGGGGCUGCAGUGAUCCAGCUCCAGUUCCUGAUUAACGAGGGAGCUCUUGUGAGUGCCUUGGCUGAUGACACCUUACAUUUAUGGAAUUUACGUCAAAAGAGACCUGCCAUAUUACAUUCACUUAAAUUUUGCAGAGAAAGGGUUACUUUUUGCCAUCUGCCUUUCCAGAGUAAGUGGCUGUAUGUGGGCACUGAACGCGGCAAUAUCCAUAUUGUCAAUGUGGAGUCCUUUACACUCUCAGGCUACGUCAUUAUGUGGAAUAAAGCCAUUGAACUAUCAUCUAAAUCUCACCCAGGACCUGUUGUCCACAUAAGUGAUAAUCCCAUGGACGAGGGAAAGCUUUUGAUUGGCUUUGAAUCUGGAACAGUGGUAUUAUGGGACCUCAAAUCAAAGAAAGCUGACUAUAGAUACACUUACGAUGAGGCUAUCCACUCUGUUGCUUGGCAUCAUGAAGGGAAACAGUUUAUCUGCAGUCAUUCAGAUGGCACCUUGACGAUAUGGAAUGUGAGGUCUCCUGCCAAGCCUGUACAGACAAUCACUCCACAUGGAAAACAGUUGAAGGAUGGGAAGAAGCCAGAACCAUGCAAACCUAUUCUCAAGGUGGAAUUCAAAACGACUAGAUCUGGGGAACCUUUUAUUAUUUUAUCAGGAGGUUUGUCAUAUGAUACUGUAGGAAGAAGACCUUGCUUAACAGUUAUGCAUGGGAAAAGUACUGCUGUGCUAGAAAUGGACUAUUCAAUUGUUGAUUUCCUAACACUGUGUGAAACACCAUACCCAAAUGAUUUUCAGGAACCAUAUGCAGUGGUGGUUCUUCUAGAAAAGGAUUUAGUACUUAUAGACCUUGCACAAAAUGGCUAUCCCAUAUUUGAAAAUCCCUACCCUUUGAGUAUACAUGAAUCCCCUGUUACAUGUUGUGAAUAUUUUGCUGACUGUCCUGUGGACCUCAUUCCUGCACUUUAUUCUGUUGGAGCAAGACAGAAACGUCAAGGUUACAGCAAAAAGGAAUGGCCCAUCAAUGGAGGUAAUUGGGGCUUGGGCGCACAGAGUUAUCCAGAAAUAAUAAUUACAGGGCAUGCUGAUGGGUCUGUUAAGUUCUGGGAUGCUUCUGCAAUAACUCUGCAAGUAUUAUAUAAACUAAAAACAUCUAAAGUUUUUGAAAAAUCAAGGAAUAAAGAUGACAGGCCAAACACAGACAUUGUGGAUGAGGAUCCAUAUGCCAUUCAAAUCAUCUCCUGGUGUCCAGAAAGCAGAAUGUUGUGCAUUGCCGGUGUUUCAGCUCACGUCAUUAUCUACAGAUUCAGCAAGCAGGAAGUCGUCACAGAAGUCAUUCCGUUGCUUGAAGUUCGAUUGUUGUAUGAGAUCAAUGAUGUGGAGUCCCCAGAGGGUGAACUGGCACCACCUUUGCCCACGCCUGUAGGGGGCGCCAGUCCUCAGCCGGUUCCUCCUCAGUCUCAUCCGUCUACCAGUAGCAGUUCAUCUGAUGGACUUCGUGAUAAUGUCCCUUGUUUAAAAGUUAAAAAUUCUCCACUUAAGCAGUCUCCAGGUUAUCAGACAGAGCUAGUUAUUCAAUUGGUAUGGGUAGGCGGAGAGCCACCACAACAGAUAACUAGCCUGGCAGUCAAUUCUUCCUAUGGAUUGGUAGUUUUUGGCAACUGUAAUGGCAUUGCUUUGGUAGAUUACCUUCAGAAGGCUGUCCUCCUCAACCUGGGCACUGUUGAGUUAUAUGGCUCCAAUGACCCUUACCGGAGAGAGCCCCGGUCUCCACGUAAAUCUCGACAACCUUCAGGAGCAGGUUUGUGUGAUAUCAGUGAAGGAACUGUUGUCCCAGAAGAUCGCUGCAAAUCUCCUACUUCUGGUUCUUCAUCACCACACAAUUCAGAUGAUGAACAAAAAAUGAAUAAUUUUAUAGAAAAGGUGAAGACCAAAAGCAGAAAGUUUUCCAAGAUGGUAGCCAGUGAUAUAGCAAAGAUGUCAAGGAAGUUAAGCUUGCCUACUGACCUAAAGCCUGAUUUAGAUGUAAAAGAUAAUUCCUUCAGCCGGUCACGAAGUUCGAGUGUAACCAGCAUUGAUAAAGAAUCCCGAGAGGCUAUCUCUGCCCUUCAUUUCUGUGAAACUUUCACUCGAAAAGCAGAUUCGUCCCCGUCGCCGUGUCUGUGGGUCGGCACCACCCUGGGAACAGUGCUUGUCAUCGCCCUGAACCUCCCGCCAGGAGGGGAGCAGAGACUGCUGCAGCCUGUGAUCGUGUCUCCCAGCGGAACUCUGUUAAGGCUCAAGGGGGCGAUCCUGAGAAUGGCAUUCCUGGAUACCACGGGUUGCUUGGUGCCUCCGGCAUAUGAGCCCUGGAGAGAACCCAACGUUCCUGAAGAAAAAGAUGAAAAGGAGAAAUUGAAAAAACGACGGCCUGUCUCCGUGUCCCCCUCCUCUUCUCAGGAAAUUAGUGAAAACCAGUAUGCAGUGAUAUGUUCUGAAAAGCAAGCAAAAGUAAUCUCACUGCCAACACAGAACUGUGCUUAUAAGCAAAAUAUUACAGAGACCUCAUUUGUGCUGCGUGGAGAUAUUGUAGCGUUGAGCAAUAGCAUCUGCCUUGCCUGCUUCUGUGCCAAUGGACAUAUUAUGACUUUCAGUUUGCCAAGUUUAAGGCCUCUGUUGGAUAUGUACUACUUGCCUCUUACCAACAUGCGGAUAGCCAGAACUUUCUGCUUCACCAACAAUGGACAAGCAUCUUACCUUGUUUCACCUACAGAAAUCCAGAGACUUACUUACAGUCAAGAGACCUGUGAAAAUCUUCAGGAAAUGUUGGGUGAACUCUUCACUCCCGUAGAAACACCUGAAGCACCAAACAGGGGAUUCUUUAAAGGCUUAUUUGGAGGUGGUGCACAAUCUCUUGAUAGAGAAGAACUAUUUGGAGAAUCAGCCUCUGGAAAGGCUUCCAGGAGUCUUGCACAGCACAUCCCAGGCCCUGGAGGCAUCGAAGGUGUGAAAGGAGCCGCCUCGGGAGUUGUUGGUGAAUUAGCCCGAGCCAGGCUGGCACUAGAUGAAAGAGGACAGAAGCUUAGUGACCUGGAGGAAAGAACGGCAGCCAUGUUAUCCAGCGCAGACUCGUUUUCCAAACACGCUCAUGAGAUGAUGUUGAAAUACAAAGAUAAGAAGUGGUACCAGUUCUGAUGACCAGAAAUACAACUAAGUCCCUCUUCAGCCUGAAGGAAUUUUUUCCCCUUUUUUAUUUUAUUGAAUCAAUUUAGGGAAGUUAACAUUAAAGGAUAUUCAUCACUGGAUACUGUUCUUUCCUAGCACAAUCAUGCACUGUUUUACCUCAGUCUUGUGGUGGCUUUAACCUAGGAGUGUCACACACACUCACGAGCUCACUCACAAUGUGGCCUGCUCUGAGUCGACAGUUCGGGAACUACGCAGCUCACACAGUACAUAUGAAGAAACAGAAGGACAUUGAGGAGCCGUGGCAGGAACUAUUCCUGGAUCAUUCCCAUAUAAUGCUUUCAUAUGCCAAAAGAGUCUGUGCUGUCUUAUCUGCCAUCAGUGUUUACCCAUUUUGAGGGAGAGGCAAUGAGUCAGAAACCUGCAACUGACACCGUUGUCUUGUGGCGUUGACUGAUUUAUAAGCGGCCAUCUUGGACUAACCCUCCCUUAGACUGACCAGUCAUCAGCAUCAUUAGUAAAAAAGAAACAAACUGUCGGUUACCAUACCUUUAGGCAGAUAAGCUGAGUGGUGGGCUUUAAAUAAUAAAAACAUACACAUAGUUGACUUGUGUAUGGGCUAUUCUUGGAUUCUUGUUAUUGUAAACUUGUGUUUAGUCCAUAUUUUGUCAAAAAGCAAAACAAGGUGAUACAUCACUUUUCAUUGAAAAGAAAAGUGUAGAGCAUGACUGAAUUGCUCAUCAUUCUGGGAGUUUCCAUGUAGUGGCUAUGCAGUGUGGAAAGUGAGAAAAACCUCCAUUGUGGUGAGGAGAAUACUUCAGUGUCCUUUGUCCUUCUCAUUAAUUCAGCGAAAGGUGGAUUUGACCAAAAUAGUUAACUGGUUAAAUUUGUAGAAAUGUUGAUAUUGGCGAAGUUUUUGAUUUUGCUUGAAUUUUUAUAAAAUGUUUAACCAAAUGUACCUUUGCAUUAUUUGAUUAAAAUUGCUAAAAUAACUGUUUCAUUAUUUCGGUAACAAUGCUCAGCUCCCUUUUUAAAAUGCCCUUUAUUCGCUAACAGUUCCAGUACACUCAGGUGAUGAGUCAAUUAAAUCUUAGUGCACAUGCUGUCGCAUGGAAAAUUACAAGCAUCUGUUGUCAAUUAUUAUCUAUGUAAAAGUCUAGUCUGAUGACCUACAAAAUAUUUUCUGUAGAAAUAAACAAUAAGUCUGUAUAUGUCCUGUAUAAAGCCAAACGAAAAGGAAAAUAUGUACAUUUUGAUAACUAAAAUUUUUCUGUAUUGGAGUAUAACACAGUCAACACCAUCGAUGGGUAAUGGAUGACGGGUUCCUAGAAUAGCGUUGCAGACAGGAAGGAGACCACUUGGGAGACCUGGAAGUAAGUGAUCUCGUAAUGCAGGCAACAAAAGAAGAGCAAAGUAGAAGCCUUGCAAUUAAUAUCAAUGAAAUUUAAAUACUUUCUUCUAUAAAAGUUGUUUAAAACUGGUUUGUUUAUUCAUAGAGAGAGAAUCAGAGCACAAAUUGAUAGCAAACAUGUCGUUUUUCUCUUCCAUAUGAACGUUAAUGGUAUAGUAGAGAGAUAAAACACCCAAAUUUCAUGGCAGUUUGUAAUGCAUCUUUUUUCUCUGUACUCUUUUCAUUAAUAAAGCUUUUAUGUUUACAUUUUAUAAUGUGCACUACGGGAUAAAAACAGUUUACAUUAAAAUUUCCUUUAAAUGUGAUGAAGAUAAGUAAAACCAAAAGAAAUAUUUUAAAAAUAUUUUCAAUUUUUUUUUUAAUUUCAAAGUACCCAUGAAUAGCAUUUCUCUUCAGUUAAAGUCACUGUGUGAACAUUUAGCAAUUUAUAAAUCGCUUAAUGUGUGUUGCAUUAUCUAAAUAAUCCAUUGUUCUAUGUUAUGUCACAGGAAGUAGUAGACCCUUUUUUAAAGGUACAGUUUUGUGGAUGUCAUCACUAAAAUCAGCAGACUUCAAAAAUGCUUUCAAGUUGAGAAGCACUAAGUAAAAUAAAAUGCUGGUCAAGUCCCUGUUCAUGUAGAAGGACAUAUUUGCUCCAUUUAUUUAAUUUGCUGUGGUUACUUUUUGUAAUUGUAUAUCAACAUCAUUUUUACUGUCAUUUUUUCUAUUGUAUAUAAAAUGAACCAAUCUUGUAAUAACUUUCAAGUACAGAAAUAGAUGCAUUUAAAUGAGUGGAUUUUCUAAGAAAGUCUUAAAUCAAUAUUUUGAGUUAGCUUGUUUCCUUUUUGAAUCAACCUACAAAUUAUGCACAAAAUAGAAAUGUUCUUAGGAUAGGAAAGUGAACUAUUUUUGAGAAUAAGAAAUAAGCUUCUUGGAAUUAUACUUGAUUCAGUCUGUAGAUAAAGAGAAAGUCUGCAGUAAUAACCCAGGGAAUUUAUUGUAAUCUCUCAAAGAUAACAUCUCUAUUUUUUUUUUCUUUUUAAACAGAAAAGUUAUUAGUCACCAGCAAGCCAAGAUUUCAGGAAAGCAAACCAAAAAAUGUCAAAGUAUCAGAAAAAAGAAAGAUUUCUGUGUGCUUCCUUCAUAUCCUCAAACAUCAUUCUUUGCCCCUGUGGCCCUUGGCCCUAAAAUCUCCGAGGUAUUCACUGAUUAGCUAUUUCUCAGUACGAAGUUGUGUUGUUUCCUUUUAUUUGCACAUACCUAGACUGUUUCACUCUUUAAAUGAAAACCCCUAUGUAUUUGCUUAGACAGUUGUUUGAAAUCUGACAUUGCAACAAAUUGUGUACAUAGCGUCCUUUGAAAUCCUCAUCUUAGUCUCCUUGGUUUUCAUCUCAUUGGUACAAAGUGUUUUUCCAGAAAUGGUUAUAACUGAGCUAUUACUAACUUUUACGUUUUUCGGAUGUGAAAAAAGCUGCUACUUGUGUGUUAUGUGUAGGACAUUACGGUUUAAGCACAGUACUUCAAAGAAAGAAGCAUUUCUUUUGCUUAGAACUUCUUAAUUACAGGUUCUUCUGAAGUUCUUUCACAUAGAUUUGUGAGUUUUAAACAAGUCUGAAAGUGUUACAUAUUUUUAGAGUACAGGAGUUGUGGGGAGACAGCGAGGCAAGAAAACACGUGGAAACAUGGAGUCUGAAGUUUCACCUGAGUUCUGCAUCCCAUACAUGUUCUGCUUAAGGCAUUUGUCAUGUGACUCUAGAAAAGCUAUAUCCAAAGGCAAAUUUUUUUGUGGCCAAGACUUAUUUUACAUUUUAGCUUUCAGGAUUUUGUUGGGUUUUGCAAAAUAAAGAGCACUGAACUUUAAACUUGAAUUUUUUCUGCACUUUUUUAGGUAAAGAGAAUUUUAUUAUUUAAUCCACAUUUCUCAGUUCAAGUGAUGCAUAUGUAUAAAACACCAAAAUCAUAAUGAUGCUGCUAGCUGUACCUUUAACAAUUAAACUGAUCAGUUUUAAAACCUUAAAGAGGGUUUUAUAUCGUUAUCAAAGAUAAAAUAGUAAAAUAAUGUGCUGUGUGUUUCAGUGUUCUCAGUCUUGAAUUGUGACACUUUCAGAUUUGUUUUACGAUCAUAUAGUAACAUGUUAUAUUUAUACAUACUGCUAGAGAAUAUACUUUUAGUUUUAAAAUGGGAUUUUUAUAAAUGUAUUUAAUUUUAAAUAUGGUGAACUUGUUAAGUUUAAGUCAGAGUACUUAAAAAGUAUGUAUAUUAUCCAUACAAAAAGUUAUGUUUUAAGCUUACAAUAAGAAAUAUUGGUAUCUCAUAUCGAGAUACAGUUAAUUUAAAAAAAAUACAUCAUUCAAAAGUCUUCACAGGUGACAGGAUAUCAUUACUGUGGUUUAAAAGAGCCCUCUAUUGAGCGUUUUCAAAUACUAAUUUUAUUUUGGGGAAUGUGCCCACUAAUUGCAAGGUCUUUCUCAAUAGUUGCAGCUUGCUGCUGCUGGAUGCCUACCUUAACUAUUGUUUGAAAAUAUAUAUAUAUAUAUUUAAAAUAGUUUUCGAGGUAUUUUCUUCUACCUUUUUUAAAAAUAAAUUU